ACUCUGAGCCAAGGGAGGUGCAACAUGGAGAUAUAUUCAGUGUCUUGGGAUUUAAUGGAAGAAUGCUCCAUGACAACAUUGUAGAAGCCACUGAAGAUUUCAGCUCCUGCUAUUGCAUUGGUUCGGGAGGAUAUGGAAACGUUUAUAAAGCUGCGUUACCUACAGGUCAAGUGGUUGUUGUGAAGAAAUUUCACAAUUCUGAAGACAACAUGCUCAUCCACAACAUGAAAGCCUUUGAAAGCGAGAUUGUUGCUUUAUUAGAAAUAAGGCAUCGUAACAUUGUGCGGAUGUACGGCUUUUGUCUGCAUCCAAGGCAUUCUUUCCUUGUUUAUGAAUUUAUAGAAAAGGGGAGUCUGAAAAUGGUGUUGAGCAACAAUGAACAGGCAAAGGAGUUGGAUUGGAAGAAGAGACUAAAUGUAGUCAAGGGAUUGGCUAAUGCUCUGUCUUAUAUGCAUCAUGACCGUUCACAACCCAUAAUUCAUCGAGACAUUUCGAGCAACAAUGUUCUCUUGGAUUCAGACUAUGAAGCUCAUGUCUCAGAUUUUGGCACAGCUAGGCUUUUGAAGCCUGACUCCUCCUACUGGACUUCACUUGCGGGCACCUACGGUUACAUAGCUCCAGAGUUGGCUUAUACAUUAAGAGUAGAUGAGAAAUGCGACGUGUACAGUUUCGGGGUACUAACAAUAGAAGUUGUAAUGGGGAGGCAUCCUGCUGAUCUUCUUUCGUAUUUGUCGUCAUCGACAUCCAGAACGAUAUCUGUGUCGAAUGACCAACAGAUUUUACUUAAAGAUGUGAUCGACCAACGCCUCUCACCGCCCGUAAGCCGAGUUGCAAGGGAUGUAGUUUCUAUUACAAAGCUUGCAUUUGCUUGCUUGAAUGGCAAUCCCCAACUUCGACCAACCAUGAAACAUGUUGCUCAGGCUCUUAGUCGUCAAUCCCUUCCAUUGCCAAGCCUUUUCUCGACCAUAAAAUUGGAAGAACUGUUGGGAUAGUAGGAGGGUUGCAAGUAUGACCUUAUGGAGGUGGUUUUUGCUUAGUGAUUUUUGGUUGUCUUAUUGUGAAUCCUGAUUCGUAGGCUGUCUUGUUUUGUGCAUCUUACAUGUU